GUUUUCGGGGCCUUGUCCCGUGAAACAUCUUCGGCUGGGGAGUCAGUUGGUUGUUCUCAUCUCGUGUUUGAACAUGGUGCGAACUAAAGCAGACGGUGUCCCUGGCACCUACAGAAAAGUGGUGGCUUCUCGAGCCCCCAGGAAGGUGCUUGGUUCCUCCACCUCUGCCACUAAUUCCACGCCGCUUUCGUCAAGGAAAGCUGAAAAUAAGUACGCAGGAGGGAAUCCAGUUUGUGUGCGCCCAACUCCCAAGUGGCAAAAAGGAAUCGGAGAAUUCUUCAGGCUGUCCCCUAAAGAUUCAGAAAAAGAGAAUAGGAUUCCUGAGGAGGCAGGAAGCAGUGGCUUGGGAAAAGCAAAGAGAAAAUCAUGUCCUUUGCCACCUGAUCAUACAGAUGAUGAAAAUGAAUAGAAAUUACUUAUUCACUCUUGACUGAUGUCUCC